GGCCACGUGCGUCCAUUUCUGGUUUGAAUCUGCUGCCAUCUUCUGAAAGCCUAGCACAAGCUUCGGUAAACAGCCGCCCUCAGUUGGUUUUCGAUCUUCCAAGCCAUGGUUAGCACGAUGGAUAUCGAGACUACUCCAAACUUUGGGGACCUGAAGGGCAUCAGCGACAGUCAAAUUCGCCUGGGCUUCAUCCGGAAGGUCUAUGGCAUUGUUUGCACUCAGGUUGUUGCCACAGCCGUCUUUGCAGCCCUUUGCUGUGGACCUUUGAGGCAUCCGGCCACCAGCUUUGUGAUGCACUGGCCCAGCACCUUUCGUUGGGGCUCUUUGAUUGCGACAGGCUUGUCCCUGCUGCUAUGCCAUGCAGGCAAGAACAGUUAUCCCGUGAAUUUCGUGGGCCUCUGUGCUCUGACCGCCGUCAUGGCAUGUGAUGUGGGGGUCAUCAGUGCCCUUGCCGCUUCAGCGGGCAUGGGCUCGUUGGUGGCAGAGGCGGCUGUGAUCACGGCCCUACUGGUGGCAGGCUUGACGCUAUACACCUUCCGCUCCAAACGCGAUUUUUCCUUCUUGGGCGCUGCGCUAUGGCCUUUGACGUUUGGCCUUUUUGGCUUUGGCUUGCUGUGCAUGUUCUUCCCCUCCUUGAACACCGGCAUCGUGGGUCUGUUGGUCUCUUUCGCGGGUGCUGGGAUCUUCUCGGCCUACCUGGUCUUUGACACCUGGCGCAUUUCCCAAGAAUUGGACGUGGACGAUUACGUGGAGGGUGCCAUUCAGCUCUACAUGGACAUUGUCAACCUCUUCCUCUACAUCCUGGAAAUCCUCAUGCAGUUGAGCAAGGGCGACAGUCGGGAUUAACCGACGCGGUUGUAAUCCUGGGAACUCAUGGUAGAACGAGGGCCAGUGGGCACUCUUCAAAGAUCUUCAAUUCGUAUGCUUUUGGGGGGAGCUGGAUGUCCCCUUUUUUGGUAGUGAGACGCCUGCCGAAGCAAAAUGCACAGAGCUGGGCAUGAAGUCUUUUAAGUCAGCACAGCUGUUCGGGGCCCAAAUGCGGGUCUCAGGGAGAGGAAACUGCGAGCUUUCCCAGACAGUCACAGACUCCUCGUCGUCCAAGCGAGGAAAAGCUGCCUUGAGCAUCCUUCAGAUGGCACUUUUUUGCAGCGAGAUCUGGGUCCACAAGCAAUUAGCUUCCAACAGUAAGACCUCAGGGCCAAAUGGGUUGCAUUGUCCCCGCGCUUCGUGCAGGACCUCAGAAUCCAGUUGGCACAAAGAGACUGUGAGCUGGAGGAGUUGCGGCAGAAACUCAGCGAAGAAGCUGUGGUACAGGUGCAGGCUGCCCGGGCCGCGUCGGCACAGGCGCCUGCGGCGGCAGCGAGCUUGCGGAUUUGCAGAUCCGAGGAAUGCCCAGUGGAGGCGUCAUGGAGGCACAGACCCAGGGUGUGGACACCGUGAUGGCCACCCCUCGGCAGCACUACGAGCCGCCUAGCGCCUCCAGAUCGCUUCCGGCGACUAUCCCAGAGAAUAGGCCGUUGGGAUAUCUUGGGAUCCCUUGUGAGGAGGCCUGCGAAGAAGCCCGGUGCUCCCAUGCCCACAGACCUGCGAUCUUUAGGCAAGUUGCUGAGUGGAAGUGGGAUGUUGGGCAAGUGAGGCAGCAGUCAGGGACAGAGUUUCACCGGUGGCGAAAAGGCCCAAAGAAUC